UGACUAGGCGUGGCGGUGCAUUUUUGUGAGAAAUCGAGUGGGGGCUGAAGAAAACCAAAACACUGAACGGGAGAUGUAAAUAUCUCCUAAUUUACGCCGAAAUUAGCCUCUAUAGUCACUUCUUCACCUUCAAUUAAUCGUUGGUAGCAAAGAUGUCGGUGAAUUCGGAGCAGGAGUACCCGAAGGCCUCGCAGGCUAUGCACUAUGGGGGAGUGCUUUCAUACUGUGCUGGUAUAUUCUUGAUAAUGGCAUUCUGCGGACCAUAUUGGAUACAGUCCUACAAAGAGACAUUUUCACCAUUCAAGCACAUGGGACUUUGGGAAUAUUGUUUUGAGAAUUACCGUUACCCUUACUACCAAUCUGAUCAUCUUUUCCAUGGAUGUCACCACAUUUUCAGCCAGGAGUAUUAUGUGAUUCGUGAAUGGUUGAUACCAGGAUGGCUCAUGGUGGUUCAGACAUUUGUCACUUUGGCUCUGCUCCUAUCUUUCACCGCCCAGGUUCUUGCUGCUCUCACCCUUAUUCGCUGGCCAUUGAAGUUCGUCCUCAGAUAUGAGUGGCUGCUCACAGGCCUCUGCUUCAUUUUCAAUGCUUCCGCAAGUGCCUUGCUGUUUUUGGCUGUGAGCAUCUUUGGAGGACAGUGCUGGCGCCGCGAUUGGAUUGAGUAUCCCAACUACAAUUACCUAUCUUGGUCAUAUGCAUUUGCAGUGAUUUCCUUCUUCUUCCAUGGUUUCGCUGCAUAUGCUCUCUUUUUUGAAACUCGAAGGAACUACGAGCAGAGAAGAGCCAACAGCAAUCUUGUGAUGCAAAUGUACCCUGAUCAUGCUAGAAAUGGGUACAUGUAAAAAGAUCAUAUAUCAGAAGUUUCUGUUGAAGAAAUUCCAACCUGCAUUAUUAUUAUCAUUGCCAUUUCAUGUAAUGCAUUCCAUAGUCCUAAUGUGCCUUCUCAGAACUUACUGUGUCUACAGAGCUUUUUUCUUCAGUUUGCAGUGCACAGUUCACUGGACUACUUCAUGCUAGCAUAAUUAAAGUAGCGGUGUGUGUUGUACUUUAAAAUAAGAGAUGUUAAGUAACAUGCAAUUUGAGAGUACUUAGCAGUUUCUUGACCUUAAUUUGACUGUCUGGAGAUUUUUAAAUGUGCAGAUUGUGUUCAUUUACCGUCUGUCUCAUUUGCUCCUAUGACUUGUACUUUCCUCUAUAAAGGAAUAAUUUUGUACUUCUCUUGCUAAUUUUAAUUAGCCUAAAUUUGGUAUACUUGUGCCUCAAGUGCCUUACAUAUUUCUCUAUUUGUAAGUAUACAUCAUUCACUAUUCCUAAGAAUUUAAUAUGACCAAUUAUAUGAAAUAUUAUUACUACUUAUGAUUUAUGUUCCACAAGAUGAUGACUCUGACUUAUAUUUAAAUUCAGUAUUAUACAGACUGAACGAAAAUCUGAGCACCCCACAUUCUUCUUAUGUUAGAGAAGCACGUGUUUUAGCUGUAGUAUCUAUGUAUUCCGUCCAUAUCAAUGCAUAAAUCUCAUUUUUUUGUUACAUGCAUUCAAAGUGCUACUUAGAUUUUCUAUUUAUAUAUUAUAGGUUUUGAUGAUAUAAGUAUUUUUAAUUAUGUAUUUCAAAUUGUGUUCUUUUAAAUGAACUGUUUGUAGAUCAAUGAGAUCCCAAAAUUUUAACUUAAGCUCUUAGAAGACCUAGCUGCACAAGUGAACCAGGAGUAGAAAUACGUAUGUUCACUGCUCGGUGGCAAAAUACCAAGUAGGUGUUACUACUAUAGGCCUUGAAUAUCUGCCACAGCCAAUUUGUUACCAUCUUCCGAAUGUGUAUGUAAUUGCAUUCUCUUUUGUUUUUGUGCCUUCCUCAGUUGUUUUAGAUCCUGUGAAAUUUUUUUAUAUGACUUUAUGCAAUUUAUCUCUUUUGUGCUACAACAUUAAAUGCCCUAUUACUAAAUUCUAA